AUGCUCCGUCAAUCUCUUCGCCGACUGCGACCUAGCAGCAUCUCCCGGAAUGUCUCGAUGCUUCCGGCAAGCUACGGCGCCGCCGCCUUGCACUAUUCCAACAAUCCCAACAUCCCAGACCCCUGCAACCAAUUUCCUCCAUCGCAACCACGGGAAAAAUCCAAGAUAGCCCGCGACAUAGAAGCCUACAACUUACAGCUCCAGCGUCGCAGCCGCAUCCCCCUAUCCAAGAUAGCCCGCGACAUAGAAGCCAGCAACGAACUCAAACGCCGCCUCGGCCUGCCCAACACGUGCCGCGCAGGCCCCUACUCACCACCAGACCCAUGGGAGCACGAGGACGAGCACCGCAAGUACCGCGCACAGCAGCAGUGCAACAACAAACCCCCCAGCCAGCCCAGCCAGCCCAGCCAGCCCAGCCAGCCGCCACAGUACUGGGCCCUAGACCCGCUAUCCAAUUUCCCCCCUCCCACUCCCACGCAGUCACAGUCACAGUCACAGUCACCAGCGGGCACCCUGGCGCAACUACUCGCCCCAAGAAACUCGCUCAACGAGGAGCUCGGCGACGGCUUCCACCUUGUGUGGGUGCGGCGCAACGGCGCGCCCACCAUCGAGCGGCUGGCGGAGGACUUUGCGCUUAUGGCGGAGCGGAUGAAGGGCAUUGCUGCUGCUACUGGUACUGGCAUUGGUACUGGCAUUUGUACCGGCACUGCUGCCGCUGAGAAGACCGCUGCUGAGAAGACUGCCGCCACCGAGAAGACUGCUGCCGAGAAGACCAAAGCAGGCAAGGAAGAAGCAGACAAGGCCGAGAAGAAGAAGAAGGACGAAGCCGAGAUGCCGGAAUGGAUAGGCUGGUGCCUAGUGCUUCCCAUGAUCUGGUGUUUUUUCAUCAUAAUGAUGGUAAGCGUGGAAGGGCUUGACAUUUUCUACGCUUGGCUUCACAGCUUUGCAGAGGAUCGACAAGUUGCCGAGAACCAGAAUCCGGGGUGCAGCGGUGACAGCCGCGUGAACGGCAAGUUCACAUAA